AUGUACAUGUGUGGGGGGGGAAAAAAAAAGAAAAGAGGGGAAGAGGUAAUGGGGUUCAGGGAAACGGGAAAAGGAAGAAAAAAAAGAAAAAGAAAACGAAAACGGACAAAUAACAACAACGACGACCAAAACCAAAACAUGAAAACAAUAAAGAAAAAAGAAAAGAAAAGAAAAGAAAAGAAAAACACCGCUUCACCCCGUCGCUGCCUCCUUGGCAACGUCUUUUCAUUAAUUAUCUCCUCGCCAUUUUAUUUUUUGUUUGUUUGUUUGAGGUUGGGUUUCCUCAACCGUCAUGAUGUAAAAUGCAAAAAAAAAAGGAAUUGGCUUCGAAUUAGCCUGAAAUCUCAACAAAUCUCUCUUUUUCGUCUUCUCUUCCCUUUUUUUUUCUCUCUUCUUCUUCUCUCGGUUUAA